GUGACGGCACACAGCAACGCGGAGGAAGCGACACCCGGAUGUGGCGUCACACGGGGGUCGGGCAGCGGAAGCCAUGGCGCUCAAUAGGCACCACUCGAAUGAAGGCGGUGUCGUCGUCCCCAACGCCGAGAGCAUUCUCAAGCAGUGUAAAGAUGUGGAGCUCUCCUUCAGUGACGUGACAGGCAAGCCUGAAGCCUUCAAAGGCACCAAGAAGGGAAUGCUGUAUCUCACGCCAUACAGGAUGAUCUUCGUGUCAAAGGGCAAGGAUCCUAUGCAGUCUUUCAUGAUGCCAUUUUAUUUGGUGAAAGGAUGCUCGAUUGAGCAGCCUGUUUUCUCUGCUAAUUACAUCAAAGGGCAGAUUCAGGCUGAGGCGGGAGGUGGCUGGGAAGGGCAGGGAACGUUUAAACUGACUUUCAACAGUGGAGGAGCCAUUGAGUUUGGACAGCUGAUGUUCAAAGCUGCCUCUAGUGCUUCCAGCGGAGUUCCUCUCCAGCCCCCUGGCUAUGGAUACACACCUGUACCUGGAGGCUAUGCACCUGUCCCACCUGUUCCUGGGGGCUAUGCACCUGUUCCUGGGGGCUAUGCACCUGCUCCAGGGGGCUACGCUCCUCCUCCACCACCUCCAAAUGGUCCUUACCCUUAUGCACCACCUCCAAUGAAUGCCUAUGGACCUGCUCCCCAGCCCAUGGGGUAUCCAUACGCCCCAAAUCCAGGUAUUUACCCACCGCUGCCCAACAUGAACUCCACAAAUGGGAUACCACCUCCUCCCCCCUACUCUGGGCCAUCUCCUGCGGGACCCUCAGCCCCAUCAACUUCCACACCUUGGGUGGAUUCGGGUAUGCCAGGGAACAGUAAAGCCAUGGAAGCUACUUCCAGUGCGUAUUAUAACCCUGCUAACCCACACAAUGUGUACAUGCCCAUGGAUCAGCCACCUCCUUAUGCACCUCCUGAAGACAAGAAGAACAACUAACAGACGGAAAUUGCAGCCAGCCUCCCACACUCUCUCUCUCCCCUGGAAGACGACUUGGCUGUCGCUACCCGUUGGGUUAACAUAUCUCUGUGUUUCUCUGUGUAGAUACAAUGUGCAUAGCACUGGGCACCUGCCCUCCUUAACGUUAAGUCACUGGCAAUACAAGGCAGAACAAUAGCACUUUCCUGCUCCUUUGCUUUAUCUCAUGGGGUCGAAGCACUAACCUUUUGCUCAGCCUUUGGCUUGAGGAGAGAGAUGGACUUCUUAAACCAGUAGAUCACAUCACUAAUCCUUGAGUAAAACACGAAAGCUGUGGCAUCUUCGAGUAAAACUACUUGGAAUGCCAAACUUGUAACCUCUUCUGAAGCACCAUCAAAGAAGAAAAUAGAGAAAGCCAUGAAGUUUCUUUGCAAAAACUGAAAAGGUAUUUAAAAAAAAAAAAAGUUUCCUUAAACUGCAGCACAGCUCAGCAUAAGAUGGGACUCUGGAAAUCCUGUGUUGUUUCUUGUCCUGUCGUGGGCUAACAGUCCUGGGGUGAGACACUUGGGAAAUGCAUCCUGAGAGACGCUGAAGCAUUUGGAGGUGUGAACUGGAGAUGGACCCCAGCUCAGCACUAGGUCUGGAAGGGACAAUCCUACUGCACUCUUGAUAGCCAGAGGAGUGACCCCAUAAAAUCAGUCUGCCUGUGUAGACCUUGAAUAGAACAGCAGUGAUGUGCUGCAGAGCUGCAAGUUGAGCUCUACAGGUGUGUAAACUGGUAUUCCUUUCACUCCUGGAAGCAAGUCCGUUAUCUGUGCAAUAAUCCUGUGUCACGUAGCUGUUCUUGCACAAUGGAGUCUAGCUGAGCAGGAACCUGCUGCCUCGGAGCAAAAUGUGUUACAUUACGAAGAUAACUUGGCACUGGCCUUGUCAGGAGACAGAUCUCACAACACUGGCUCCCUCCGCUGAGGAAGCUUGUGCCACUCAUUGUGCACAAUGAGGAAGAAGUCUCUUCCUUGGGCCACUGCAGCCAGGGUGCAUGUGCCUACACCUGAGCAGCAAGGGUAGGUGCUGCAGAAGUGGAGUUUGGUUGCUCACGGCUGCAGUGCUCAGGUGUGGUGUUACUAACGUGUGGGUCCCUUGCAGGUGCUGUGGCUGCUCAGCUGCAGCCUUUUCUUCCUCUCUAGGACAUAGUGCCAUUAAACCUGCUCUGCCAAGAGCCCCUCUAGUCUGGUGGAGACCUGUGUGAUCCUUUAUAUAUGGGUUAAUUGUACUUCUUUUCACAGCCUUUCUACCUUCACAGUGAAGGGGAAGGGCUCUUUUUCCUUUUAACCUGUGCGUGUGUCAGGACCUUCCUGUAAGUCAGGCUCGUGUGACUUAAAUCUUUCAAUUUUUAAAGCAGUCCUGUAUGGGGAGGAAGGUGAAUUUCCUUUAAAAACACCUCUGAAACUUGAGUUAGAGGUGUUCAGAUGACUCUGUAUUUUAAAAAGUUUGUAACUUCCGAAUUGCACUUUAAUACAGAAGAGUUGAUACCUGUAA